AUGUUGCAAGUCACGCUAGCCUGCUUCCGAUGCAUCACGUGGCCCGCCCGAAAAGUCCCACCGGCUGCCGCCCGCCUCGCUGCCGCCCUUGGGUCGUGUCGUGUCGUGUCGUGUCGUGGCCUGGCCUGGCGUUGUCUCUCUGCAUCCACAUCCAUCCAUCCAUUCAUCUGCUGCAUGGGCAAAUUGGGCCAUUGA